AAAAAGCAACCACGCGUUCUUCUGAUUUGUGCAUUGUUGUUUGCUGCUGCUACUGGACGACUCGGAGGCUUUGAAGUUACAGCGGAGUGUUUACGAUAGUUUCCAAAGUGCUCGGUUCCCGUGUGCACCUGUGUGUGCGUGUUGUGUGCUUGAGGGGAGUGUGUGGUCUUCACCGUGCAAACAUGUCCAAGCGAAGCAAGGCUGAAGGCGCAGUCGAUGGAGAAAAUGGAGAAAACGGCGCAGCGCCUGAGGCAAAGAAGGGGAAGAAAGGGAAGGAGCCAGAGGCCCCCAUCUUGUACGAGGACCCUCCAGACAAGCUGACCAGCAAGGAUGGCCGCGACGCCAACAUGAAGAUCACCUCCUGGAAUGUGGACGGCCUACGUGCAUGGGUCAAAAAGAAGGGCCUUGACUGGGUGCGUGAGGAGGCGCCGGACGUCCUCUGUCUGCAGGAGACUAAGUGUGCGGAGAAGGCCCUGCCCGCCGACAUCACCUCCAUGCCCGAGUACCCGCACAAGUACUGGGCCGGCUCCGAGGAGAAGGAGGGCUACAGCGGAGUGGCCAUACUGUGCAAGACAGAGCCCAUCAAGGUCACCUACGGCAUCGGCAAGGAGGAGCACGACAAGGAGGGCCGUGUGAUCACGGCCGAGUUCCCCGCCUUCUUCCUGGUGACGGCCUACGUGCCCAACGCCAGCCGCGGCCUGGUGCGCCUGGACUACCGCAAGACCUGGGACGUGGACUUCCGCGCCUACCUGAGCGGCCUGGACGCCCAGAAGCCCCUGGUGCUGUGCGGCGACCUGAACGUGGCGCACCAGGAGAUUGACCUCAAGAACCCCAAGGGCAACAAGAAGAACGCCGGCUUCACGCCCGAGGAGCGCCAGGGCUUCACCGAGCUGCUGGAGGCCGGCUUCGUGGACAGCUUCCGCGAGCUCUACCCGGAACAGGGCUUCGCCUACACCUUCUGGACCUACAUGAUGAACGCACGCUCCAAGAACGUCGGCUGGAGGCUGGACUACUUUGUGCUGUCCAAGGCGCUGCUGCCCGGCCUGUGCGACAGCAAGAUUCGCAACACUGCCAUGGGCAGCGACCACUGCCCCAUCACCUUGCACCUGGCCGUCUAGAGUCGUUAACAACAGUAGCCUACCUCGUAAACCCUAGUGUUGGUGGUUAAAAACGGUUGGUUGGUAAGUAGUAGUUUAGUGUCAACGAAAGUGUCAAAAACGAGAAAAAAAUGUCACCGAAACAGAGAAUUGAGUGUGUCUGUUGUUGGGCCAAGGGGGUAUUCCCAAGAACAUGGUUUGGCAAUAAACCUGGCUAAGUUGACCUAUCGAGAGUGAUAAACCUGCUAGUAGAUGGUCUGCAGUCAGAGGACUCUAGGCUCUUGUAUUAGGUGAUUUACGACUGUGUACAGGUUAACUUCUAAGAUUAAGGUUAAUUUAUCUAGUUUGCAACUGAACCAUGUUUUUUGGAACACCCCCCACACCCCCAAGGCUUCCUCAAUUUUCCGCAGUCCCAUCAUGAAGUCACCCAUUGUCAGAACUGCUGUUGGUUGGUGCAUUUUGAGUUGUACUGUAAUGUAUUGUAACUAUUCGGAGAUCGCCUUUGGCUUUGUUGCUAAUUCCAGAUGGCUGCCAAGACCUUUGUUGUAUUCCUGGUGCUACAAUGUUUUCUUUGACAUGGUUGGAAGUUCUGUAAUGUCUACUGUCAAACAAAACCAAAUUGUUUGCUUCCAAAAACAAAUGGUCAAACGUCCUUCUUUUAUGACAAACAUGUACUAAGUCCAAAAGUCCAUUUGAUUUUUUUUUUUUUUUAAACAUGAUGAAAGUGUUGUAACCAUGCUCCUUAAUAAAUAGUACUUUUUAAGAAAAUCA